AUGAAGCCAAGUUACACAAUGAUCAAUACGGGCCUGCUCGACUGCCUAGCCAACAAAUCCGUACCACUGACCGUCUCCACAAGCGAUAACUGGACCGACUUCGUCACAAGCUACAACAUCCGCCUCCAGUAUGACCCGGUGGUCAUCAUUAUCCCGGACACGACCCAGCAGGUCUCCGACUCGGUCGCAUGCGCCUCACUGAAUGGCAUCAAGGUCCAGGCAAAGUCAGGCGGACACUCGUACGCCUCGACAAGCUCCGGAGGGCAGGACGGGUCGGUGGUUGUUGACCUCCGGCGCUUCCAGGAUGUCACCGUCGACGCGAGUACCGGCGUCGCGUCUGUGGGCGGAGGCUUUAGGCUGGGGAACAUGGCCCUCGCACUGAAUGAUAAGGGCCGGGCGCUCGCGCAUGGCACUUGUGCUGGAGUUGGUGUCGGCGGGCACUUCACCCUCGGUGGGUAUGGGUAUACAUCUCGGGCCUGGGGCAUGGCGCUUGACCAGAUCGUGGGGCUGGAUGUGGUGCGGGCCGACGGCGCUAUUGUUCAUGCUUCGGAGACCGAGAACCCGGAUUUGUACUAUGCCAUGCGCGGUGCAGGCCCAUCCUUCGGCAUCGCAACGACGCUCUACCUUCAGACUCAGCCGGCGCCGACUGUCACGAUCUAUUUCGGAUUUUCGUUCCCCGGUGCAGCACCUGCCACAAGCAUUGACACGGCAGUGUCAACAUUCAUUCACCUCCAGGACAUGGCCCACAACGCCUCGGUCACUGAUCGAAAGCUCAGCUUCGGAAUCACCCUCGGGCCCAACGACUUUCAGGUCCGCGGAGUCUACCUCGGGCCAGCAAGCGACUUCAACAACACCAUCUCGCCGGAGCUCCUGCGCGGGCUCCCCCAGCCCGCAUCACCCGUAACCGUACAGGAACUCAACUGGCAGGCGAACCUGGAACUGCUGGCAGGGGGCAGCCUGGUCGUGUCCACGUCCGAACCGUACACGGCGCGGGACAACUUCUUCGCCAAGAGCGUGGCCGUGCCGGAGCCCGGGUUCUCCGCGGCGGCGCUGACGAGCUACAUGACCUACAUCGCGAACCAGGGCGCGAGCCCGCCGGCGCCCGUGUCGUGGUUCGCGAUCGUCAACCUGGACGGCGGGGCCGACAGCCAGAUCAACGCCCGCGGCGCCGACUUCUCUGCGUACGGGCACAGGAACCUCAUGUGGACGGUGCAGAAUUAUGGUUACGUCGGGGCCGACCAGACGUUUCCUCAGGCGGGGAUCGACUUCGUAAAUGGGCUCAAUGGGGCCAUCACGGACGUCCUGGCAGAUGAGGGGGUUGAGUACGGGGCGUAUAUCAACUAUGCGGAUCCGACUCUUGGUGCUGAGGACGCAAAUCGGUUGUACUAUGGAGACGAAAUAGCUUCGAGGCUGAAGGGGCUGAAGGCGGUUCUGGACCCGGGCAACGUCUUCGCUCACCCGCAGUCCAUUAUCCCGAGUGGCUGA